AUAAUAAUAACGUUCAAUUAAAAAAGUUUUGCCAUUCCUCUUCCUCGAAUCGUCACAGCAAGUCAGGUGAUCCUCGAGUGCUGGAUUUGAAGAACAAACCAUUAGAUACGUUCUUGACAGCAAUUGUAGAUAUACGUCAAGUCUUCAGCUUCAUAAGCAGAGAAGUUCAUCUGAAAUGUAUCUUAUUUGGGAACUUCUGAUUGUUGCCAGUAUUCUACACACUGGAAGCUGUACUAUUGCCAACAGUUUAGACCGACCUUUACGAUACGAAUGUCGUUAUGGAAACCAGUUCAUCGCCCAGAUAACCAGUUUACACCAUAAUCGCGAAGAAGAUCGUGUCUUCGACAUGAGUUGCCGAGAUUUUCCAGUUGAUGUUUCUGGUCUAACUCCCUCUUGCACUUGGACAGAGAAUAUUAACGACUGGGACAAGCCUAUGUUUUAUCAAUGCUCUGGCAAUAGGUACAUUGGUGGAUUUAUAAGUUACCACAGCGAUCACUAUGAAGACAGGAGGUGGAAAGUGAAAUGUUGUGGCAUGCCAGGAAUUCAGCUGUCUAAUUGUCAUAUUUCUUCAUGGACCAAUUCCUACGAUGGUCAACAGUUCUUCAAUGCCGGAACUGGCCGAGUUACGAAAGGCAUGGUCUCGACUCAUAGCAACUACCAUGAGGAUCGUAUUUACAAGUUCAUAACGUGUCAAGCUGUUCGCAACUAAGGAUUAGUUCUGACUGGCAGGAAGAAAAAGUUCAUGGUGCAAUGAUUUUUGUAUUUAUUUUAUAAAUAAAAGUUGUUGGUAAAAUU